ACUAGCUGGGGUAAAGCGACUUCUGAUUUGGUGACGCAAUAAGGCUGCGACCGGGCUCCACGUGAAUUCCUGAUAGCUAUGGCCGCUCUCGCAGCUUGUGAAGAUUGGGUUGUGGUGACCAGUGGUAAAAGUCUAAUUGCAGUUUCGAUUAAAUCAGAGAGAGAACCAUUCCUCUACGACUGUAGCAAGGCGGAGCAAAAGCCUAAAGACAGCAAUAAUAAAAGUGAAGAAGGUGGAUCGGAAGAGAGCAGUACCGACAAGAUCUUAGCUUUCGCUAUUUCCUCCUGCGGGAAGUUCUGUGCGUUAACGGAUGACCGCAAACGCCUAGUUCUGUUCCGUACUGAACCGUCCUGGCAUUGUGUCAGUAUCAGGCGGGUUGUGCGGCGAUGCACGUCUUUGGUGUUCACCGAGGCCGAAGAUGAGAUUUUGGUGGCGGAUAAAUCUGGUGAUGUCUACUCCUUCUCUGUACUGGAGCCCGAAAAGGAGGGCCAGCUCAAGCUGGGGCAUCUCUCCAUGCUGCUGGCUGUGGCUGUAAGCAACGACGACAAGUAUGUAAUCACAGCUGACCGUGACGAGAAAAUUAGGGUGAGCGUCCUCAAGUCGCCCCACAACAUCCAGUCGUUCUGUUUGGGGCAUCGAGAGUUUGUCAGUGCUUUGUGCACCUCUGCUCUGCAUCCCGAUUGGCUGAUGUCUGGCUCUGGGGAUGGGACAGUGAAACUCUGGGAGUAUGAGACUGGCCUACAGCUGCAGAGCUUGGACCUGAAGGAGCUUGCAGGGAUGUCACCCUCAAACACCAAGAGGUUUGCCAUCUCCAGGGUCGUGGGUUCACCAGAUGGUAACGUGGCAGUGCUGUGUGAAAGUGUUCCUGCAGUGCAUCUGUUCCGGGCCGAGGUGGAAACGGAGCAGAAGCUCAUACCUUCAGAAACACUGAUGCUCCCUCACUGUGCCUGGGAUCUGACCUUUGACCCCAGGGGUCACCUCUGGGUCCUGCUGGAGAGCCAGGACCAGCCCAUUCUGCUAUAUACACACACACAAGAUGGCUGGGAGUGUGAACGUCAGAAUCCAGAGCUGAAAAUGGUGAUGGAGGCGCUACAGAGCCACUGGGAUAUGUUCCUGGACUCGCUGCACAUGGAAAGUCCUUUCAAGCACCUGUACAAGGUGAACUUUGACAAUAUGGCCUCUUACCUGCAGAAGAAGCAGGAGAGAAUCCAACAGCAAGAACAAAAGGGGGGCAAAAAGAGGGUGGGGCAGCUGCGUCAGUCCAACGGCGCGAAGAAGAAGGCCAAGUUGGACACGGCCACAGCUGUCUCACACGAUUCGGGCUGAGACUGGUGGGGUCCUGGGGUGGUGCUGAAUGUUUUGGUUUUAUGGAAGUGAUGGAGGCAUCUUGACAAACAAGGCUGAAAGUUAAAGGCAUGCCUACAGAGUACCUGACAGAUAUUUUUUUUAUGCUGCUGCAAAAUAAGAUUGCAUGCAUUAGAAUGCUGUAAUUAAAUGUGUAUUUGUAUGACUCCAAA